CAUAACAAAAAUGCAAGCUAUAUCGAAAUUAAAAAAAAUCCGUUUUCUUUCUCCUUUUUUCUUUCGUUCAUGUUUAAAAACAACAGUAAAAGAGAAAAAUCCCUGCGUAGUGCCAAUGGUACUCCUAACCCACACUCUUCUUCUACAAACUGGAGUGACGACGAAUACGCUAUGGUGAUAGAAGAUAUUAAAAAAAUUUAUCGAACAAAAAUUAAGCCUUUAGAAGUAACUUAUAACUUUGAAGGAUUCCAUUCAGCACCAUUGACCGACUCAGAUAUCGAAGCUAAGCCUAUGGUCUUAUUAAUUGGUCAAUAUUCUACUGGUAAAACAACUUUUAUUCGCUACUUGUUGGACAAAAAGUAUCCGGGUGAACACAUUGGUGUUGAACCAACAACAGACCGUUUCCUUGCAGUCAUGAAUGGUCAAGAGGAUCGUGUUAUUCCAGGCAAUGCAGCUGCUGUCAAUCAAGAAUUACCUUUUCGAGGACUCAAUCAUUUUGGUCAAGCAUUUUUAUCUCGGUUCCAGGUUUCAGAAACACCUUCCCCUGUACUAGAAAACAUGACAAUCAUUGAUACACCGGGUAUUUUAGCAGGCGAUAAACAACGAAUCGAACGAGGCUAUGAUUUCACUCAGGUGACAGAAUGGUUUGCUCAACGAGCUGAUUUGAUUUUGCUCAUGUUUGAUUCUUAUAAAUUGGAUAUCUCGAACGAAUUCAAGAUGGCUAUCCAUAGUUUGCGUGGACAGGAAGAAAAAGUACGUGUGGUGCUUAACAAGUCAGACAUGGUUAGUCAACAGCAAUUGAUGCGUGUGUAUGGUGCUAUGAUGUGGUCUUUGGGCAAAGUAGUUCAAACACCUGAAGUGAUGCGUGUGUAUAUCAGUUCUUUCUGGACCGAGAAGCCACCCAAUAGUUUCGAGGAUUGUCGGGAACUGAUUGAAGCAGAAUCAAAGGAUUUGUUGCGUGAUUUAAAAGAGCUUAGAAGAAAUGCAGCUAUUAGAAAGGUCAAUGAGAUUGUCAAGCGUGCUCGUUUAGCAAGAGUGCAUGCUCUUAUUAUUUCUCAUAUUCGUAAGGAAAUGCCAUCCAUGUUUGGUAAGAAGAAAAAGAGAGAAAACAUCUUGAAAAAUCUUGAUCAAGAAUUCAUCAAGAUCCAAAACAAAUACCAUUUACCUGCUGGUGAUUUCCCCAACCCCGAGAAAUUCAAGCAGAAUCUGGCCUUGUACGAUAUGGACAAGUUUAAGAACUUGAAGGAAGAAUUACUUGAAAAAGUUGAUCAAGCUCUUGCUGUCGAUCUACCUAAAAUCAUGAGUCGCUUUCCUACAGGCAAUCCUGAACUAGAAAAAUCUCAAUUGAAUCCUUUUGAUAUGCCACAAGCCAACCCUGAACAAGUGGUCAAUGGCCAGUUGCCUCCUUCUUUUUGGGACUUUAAUAACUUGGACAAAAGCAGCUAUAUGCCGACUUUUCAAAGCUUGCGUCCUAGAGAUGGUAUGGUUUCUGGUGCUCAUGUAAAGCCAGUAUUAGAAGAUAGUGGAUUGCCCAACAAUUUACUAGCUGAUAUUUGGCGCUUAUCAGAUUGGGACAAUGAUGGUUACUUGGAUGCAGAUCAGUUUGGUGUAGCAAUGCACUUGAUCAAGGCAGUUCAAUUGGGUGCUCAAUUGCCUGAUAAACUGCCCCCAAGUAUGAUGCCUUCAAGAAAGCUUUAA